GACAGGACAGAGUGAGGCAAGGCGGAAACUGAGCGCAGCUUUUGCUGACGUCGCUGCGUACAAGAACCAGCUAUCCUUGUUCCACCAGCGCACCCUUUUUUCGGACAAGAUACAUUCCCUUUUGACGCAGGCUCGAAACUUGACGACUCGCACAUAAAAUGAGACGGCGAAUAGAAUUUGGUUAUUGGCUGCUUUUCUUUUUCGUCUCACGUUUCUGCCCGUGCUCGGCGUUCUAUCUUCCGGGUUUAGCCCCAGUUAGUUUUUGCGAAGUCGGCAAAGGUGAUUCAGAUUGCCAGACACAGAUAGAGCUGUUUGUCAAUCGCUUGGAUUCAGUCGAGUCCGUCCUGCCUUAUGAAUAUGACGUAUUCGACUUUUGCAAGGAUGAAAAGGAAAAGAGGCCUUCGGAGAAUCUGGGACAGGUGUUGUUUGGCGAACGUAUCGAGUCCUCGCCGUACAAAUUUAACUUCAAACAAGAUGUGAAGUGCAAGGCGGUGUGCACCAAAACGUACAAGAAGGACAGCCAACAGGACGCUACCCGACUGGAUUUCAUCAAAAUGGGAAUGCAGCUCAACUAUCAGCAUCACUGGAUCAUCGACAAUAUGCCUGUCACGUGGUGCUAUGAGGUCGAAGACAACCAGAAAUACUGCAACCCGGGUUUCCCCAUUGGUUGCCUUGUUACUUCUGACGGCCGACCUAAGGAUGCUUGUGUUAUUAAUGCUGAGUUCAACAAGAAGAAGACAUUUUACGUUUUCAACCACGUUGACAUCAAGAUCUUUUACCACAACGGAGCCGCUGACGGGUGGGCAGGAGCUCGGCUGGUUGCUGCCACACUGGAGCCCAAGAGUAUCAACCAUGCAGAUGAGAAGACCCCAAACUGCGAAAGCACUGCCCCGAUGGAGGUGCCUAGCCAGUUCAAUAAUGACGUGUCCAUCGUUUACACCUACUCAGUCACGUUUGAAGAAAACAACUUGAUCAAAUGGGCGUCCAGGUGGGACUACAUCCUGGUGUCUAUGCCACAUACAAAUAUCCAGUGGUUUAGUAUCAUGAACUCCUUAGUCAUCGUGCUCUUCCUGUCCGGCAUGGUAGCCAUGAUCAUGCUCAGAACGCUGCACAAGGACAUUGCCAGAUACAACCAGGUCGACCAGGAAAACUUGAUAAAGCUUCCAUCGACCAAGGCGAAAUCUACUCCCUUUUAUGAAGAUGCACAGGAGGAGUCGGGCUGGAAGCAGGUGCACGGCGAUGUGUUCCGCCCACCCAGGAAAGGCAUGCUGCUCUCCAUUUUCCUCGGACAGGGAACGCAGAUCUUCAUCAUGACGUUCAUCACGCUGUUUCUGGCCUGCCUGGGCUUCCUCUCCCCGGCCAACAGGGGUGCACUCAUGACGUGCGCCGUGGUUCUCUGGGUCCUGCUCGGCACCCCCGCCGGCUACGUUUCGGCACGCUUGUACAAAACUUUUGGAGGAGAGAAGUGGAAGACAAAUGUCCUAUUGACUGCGCUCCUGUGCCCCGGUAUUGUGUUUGCUGACUUCUUCCUGAUGAACCUGAUCCUGUGGGUGGAGGGGUCAUCGGCAGCCAUCCCCUUUGGGACCCUUGUGGCCAUCCUGGCCCUGUGGUUUGGAAUUUCUGUGCCACUUACCUUCAUCGGUGCCUACUUUGGAUUCAAGAAGCCUGCAAUUGAGCAACCAGUGAGAACGAAUCAAAUCCCACGUCAAAUUCCCGAGCAGUCGUUCUUCACGAAGCCCAUACCGGGCAUCGUCAUGGGUGGCAUCCUGCCCUUUGGCUGCAUCUUCAUCCAACUCUUCUUCAUCCUCAACAGCAUUUGGUCCCACCAGAUGUACUACAUGUUUGGCUUCCUGUUCCUGGUGUUCAUCAUUCUGCUCAUCACGUGCUCCGAGGCCACCAUUCUGCUCUGCUACUUCCACUUAUGUGCUGAGGACUACCACUGGUGGUGGCGUUCCUUCCUGACCAGCGGCUUCACUGCGGUCUAUCUUUUCAUUUACGCUGUGCACUAUUUCUUCUCCAAACUGCAAAUCAUCGGCGCAGCCAGCACCUUCCUCUACUUCGGAUACACCAUGAUCAUGGUCCUCAUCUUCUUCCUCUUCACAGGUACAAUCGGCUUCUUUGCUUGCUUCUGGUUUGUAAAUAAGAUCUACAGCGUGGUCAAGGUGGACUAGAGGACGAAAGGGGAGCGCGAGAGGGAGCUAGUGAGAGACUGUUGUGGCCGACCGUUUGACGGCCACAUGUUUGUAAGGACCAGAAAGAAGUGAGACCACCAUUCAUCACCUACAAGACCCCCCCGAGCUAAGCCCGUCCUCUUUUUUUUUUGUGCUUUAAAAACCUCUGUCCAAUAGUUUUUCUUUGGCGCGUUCACUCUCGACUGCUAAUAUUCAGUGCGACACUAUUACAGACUAACGGGAGGACCUCGUUAUCAUUUUGAGCAUUUUGCUUUUUGUGGAAUAAAAAACAAACAAACAAACAAAAGCAUUUUCUUGAUUUAUGAAGAAAAUGCAAAUGCCUUUUAAUUUUCUAUUUCGCUUCCACACAAUAUUUUUGGGUCUCUUUUUGUUGUUGUUGUUGUUGUUUACUGAAGUGAUGGGAGAGAAAAAAAACCCUGCUUGUACAUACAUUGUAUAGACAGAACAAAGGAAAGAAUGCUCAUGACUUUUCUGUUGUCAUUUUAGGGCUUUAAAUCCUGAACUAUAUCAGCCUGUAUUGUAGUUGAGAAAGCAUAUAAAAACACUGACAUUGUUGCUGAUACAUGUCUUUUUUUUUUUUUUCCCCUCUUUAUAUUUAUGUGUUUGCUUUGAAUCAAAGGAGAGGGCGCCCGGCGUUGUAGAUUUCGGCUGCAGCAUGUUCCAAAAUGGAGGAUCUUGUAAUUCCAUCUUGUUUAAUUCAUCCGAAUGAGUAGCGUCUGUGAAUUUACUGAUUAAUUGCUUUUGUUUCUGACACUGUUUGCUUCAGUGGGGCGAGGGGGUCGUUACCCACGGUGAUAAUGUUUUGCAAAUAUAUACAAGUAAUCGAACGUCACGUCUCUUGAAUGUAUACGCAAACAUGGAUACGUGAUGUAUUUUCUUGUUUUCACUCUGGUUUGGAAAAUGAAGUCAAAUGUCAUCA